AUGAGUGAUGACCACUGUGAUGUGAAUGGUGAUGGAAAUGUUGAUGCCACGGGAAGUGUCCAUGAUGAUGAUGGUGAUGAUAUUGGUGCCAUGGGUUAUGCCAGUCAAAAUCCCACCAACCAGAUGCUGUCACCGAUACUGUCAACAGAGCUAACAGUAAUACUGCAGCAAGUCGUAGUGAUACCAUCACUUCAGUACAGAUAA